AUGGACGCCCUUCCUGGCGCUGUAAUACAAGCCUUUGCGCACCUGUGGGGUCAGCAUCCUGAAGUAGCAGCCGGUAUCUACGCUGCAGGUGCUGUCGUUGCUGCUGUGCCGCAUUACAUACCAAACUUUGAGCAGGCCAAGGUUUGGUAUCAGAAACCCAUUCCUUCUACGAUUCGCGUUACAAAACCCGCCCAUACCACCGAAGACGCAGCCGACAUCGUGGAAUCGAUAGUUACCAAAGUUCGCCGUCCUACCGUUAUCACCGUCACAAAUUCUGUCUCACCCGCUUGCAACACAGCCCUCACUGUCGAACAGCAAGCCAAGGGUGAAGUUUUGGACACUUCCUCGUCUUCCGAAUCAAUCCAGGACACCUCUGAAUUUGCCACAGAAAGCUCUGCUCGUUCGACAGCGAGCAGCUCCUCGCAAAUCUCCUGGAAACCUAGUACUCCGAGAGAUACAUUUCCGGAGGUAUCUAGCAAGAGUCCAGAGCGUUCACUAGCAAAGACUACGAGUACUUCUACUGAGAAGAGCAAUCCUGUUCAUGAGGUACCGUCAGUAUUGGGCACAAAUUCUUCCAAUGUUACAAACACAGGCUUUAAAGCCCGGAUGAGUAGGCUUCUACACGGCUCGCAAUCCUCCGCGGCAUCGAAAGAAUCGAUCAUCAGCGAUACACCCAGAGACGUCACAUCGACCGGGUCCCCCACCGUUGGCAAGGUGCCUUCUUGGACCACGUCUCCAGUUGUGGUUGAACAAUUACCGGUUACCUCACAGUCGUUCAAUGAGAUCAUAGACUAUUCGUUUGAGACCAUUACCAUUCCGCAGAGAACGAAGACAGUUUCCAGUGCUCCCCUAUCUAGCACUGCGAGCAUUGACUCUGGCCUCAAAGAACAUAAGUCAGCCUUUACACAUUAUAGGCAACACGCGGCCAGCAAAAGCACCCGGAGCAGUACCUCGAAGAUGACAGAACAUAAGCCAGCCUUUACACAUUACAGACAAAAGGCGGCUAGUAAAUCACUCCAAGAUUUGCCGUCAUCUAAGACACCUGCCAGUGCACCUGUGUCCAGCACCAAGGACAGUACCGUUACAUCGAAAGAACACAAACCAGCCUUUUCACCCUACACACAGCAGGCGACUGGCAAACCACUCCGAGAUUCGCCAUCACCCCCCAAGUCCCAAACCUCACAAUGGAAUGACUUUCGACGAGCGAUUCAUGAGAAAUACGUCACACAACAAGCAGAUCAAAAGCUGACCAAGCCGUCCUACUACAGUAGCCCUAUCACAAUGGCGGAUAUCAUGGUGGGAUAUGUGCCAUCCAUUCUCUUCGCCGUAUGCGACCAUCUGCAUAAGGAUGACCCGGACAUUCAGGAAAUGGUGGCAUUUAUGGUGCGCAAUGCGUACAUGUUUGUCGUUGGAUAUCUCGCCUACGCGGAAUUCCGCCUGCCAACAUUGCCAUACUCCAAACCUGUAGCAUACGCACGCAGCAUCGGAUCCGUAUCCUACAACGUGUGGCAGAAAGCAGUAGCCAACUUCCUGGGAAAGCAGCAAGCCGAUCACUUCAUCAUAGACCGGGCGUUGUACGCCACCCUCGUCGGUAUCGCGAUUUAUUUCCUCCUUUUCGCCGGGCGAAGGACCCGCGAAGUUGAUCACCACGAAGAAGAUGAAAGCGAUUCAAGCGAGGAUGAAGACAUGUCUGAGGCCCAGGAUCUGUCGCCCAGCGUGCCUGCUGUCAUGCCGCACCAGAAAGAGACAUUAAUUCGUUGUUGCAUCGGCUUCACUGUUGCGAUGACUGUCAUCUGGCUUAGUGUUUACGUCCAGGACUUGGCUGUUAUCUUGGCCAGUGUGCCAGCGGUACACGUCCUUUCCAUCUAUCGCGAAAAGGCACUUCUCAGAGGCGGCGUCGCCCCACCCUUCAGCCAUUUUGCUGUCGUUCUCAAGCUUGUGGGCCUCUCCUAUAUCGACUCCCUCGUAGACGGCAUCAUCGAAGUCUCUCGAAUCUGCAUAGCGAAACUCCGGGUUGUAAAAGCUUGGGCUCGGUACAAGUUCAUGCUCAUUGUCAGAGGUCGCGCUGUCUUCCCGUGGCACCCAAACACUGUCGGCGAGUGUGUUCGCUGGGUUCUCGCGACAACUAUACUCGGUCCCCGGACAGUAUAUGGGUUACUACCAGUAUGGGCCGGCCCAGUCGUUGGGGUAUUCGCGCUCUGGGCAUUGACCUUUACGGAAUUUGGUCACGCCUUCUCGCAAACUCACUCCAACUUCGCGGGAACGCGCAACGAGCUCUUAUGUGUACACUGCUACCUCGACGGAGAGGGCUACGAGCUCUCGUAUACACACCAACCUCUCGCCGGCAUGGGCGACCAAGUCCGUUAG